CUCUAUUGCAGAUUUGUGACUGGAAUGACUGUGGAAUUGGAUAUUAGACCAGAAACAAAAACUGUGAAUUAACUAAAACAACAACUUUCCGAAGUCAUAAACCUUACCCCCGACAGAUUAUAUAUUGGAUUCGAAACCACAUUGCUUGAUGAUAUUGACUAUUUGAGUGCAAAAGGGAUUACUGACAGUGAUACUGUGCAUGUGAUCACAUCCCAAUUAACAGAGAAGAUAGCAUACAUAAAAAAAUAAUGAGAUUUCAUUCAAUUUUAUUAAAUAACCAAC